GCUGGUGGAUCUUAUUCUGGAAUGUAAACCGAGGCAGAGGAACACUGGGCAGCAUGUCUAAUGAAGAAACGUUCGUCACUUUGAGCCCGAACGAAUUCUCUCUUCUUCAAGACUAUGCACACUACACAACGAAGAAACUAAGAGAUGCUCUCCAGGAGUUUCACGGAGAUGGGAUUCUGGCCAAGUAUAAUCCUGAAGAGGUGACAACCAAAGGCGAACCUCUCGGCACAAUCCAGCUGAAGGAUAUGAUUUGCUACCUCUCUCUCCUGGAGCCAGGCGGACGACCAGAAGACAAACUAGAAUUUAUGUUUCGGCUUUAUGACACUGAUGGGAACGGGUUUUUAGACAGCUCUGAACUAGAGCACAUUAUCUCUCAGAUGAUGCAUGUUGCAGAGUAUCUGGAUGACGUAACAGAACUGAAGCCAAUUCUGAAGGAAUUGAUGCAGGAGAUUGACACUGGGAUGGUUUCUCUUGAAGAGUGGGUCCAGGGGGGCUUGACCACCAUUCCUCUGCUAGUGCUGCUGGGACUCGAAAAUAAUGUAAAGGAUGACGGGCAGCAUGUGUGGAGACUGAAGCACUUCAGUAAACCUGCAUAUUGUAACCUGUGUCUGAAUAUGUUGAUUGGAUUGGGGAAGGAAGGCCUGUGCUGUUCCUUCUGUAAGUGCACCGUUCACGAGAGAUGUGUGGCUCGAGCCCCCCCGUCCUGCAUCAAAACAAACGUCAAAUCCAAGAAAAACACAGAGAUUAUGCAUCAUUUCUGGCUUGAGGGAAACUGUCCAAGCAAGUGUGAUAAGUGUCACAAAACCAUCAAGUGUUACCAGGGUCUUACGGGUCUUCAUUAUGUCUGGUGCCAGAUUACUCUACACAACAAGUGUGCUUCACACGUCAAACCCGAAUGUGACUGCGGACCACUGAGAGAUCACAUCCUUCCUCCAAACACUAUAUGUCCUGUAGUACUGGUAAUAUCUCAUAUUUCUUUUCCUGAGAGACAGUCUACUGUGAGAAAAGACUCCAGCCAAUCAAGAGGCCGGGGGGAAAUACAAAGGACCAAUUCUGUGUCAGUGGAUGGACAGGGGCUACAGAUUACGUCAUCACAAGGAACUCAUCCACUGUUGGUUUUCGUCAACCCUAAAAGUGGAGGCAAACAAGGUGAAAGGAUCUUCCGAAUGUUCCAGUACCUCCUGAACCCCCGUCAAGUCUACAACCUGGCCAAGAACGGCCCCAUGCCCGGCUUAAAUUUCUUUAGAGAUGUUCCAGACUUCAGAGUCUUGGCCUGUGGUGGAGAUGGUACCGUUGGAUGGAUUCUUGAUGAAAUAGAUAAAUGCAACUAUGAACAGAAUCCUCCUGUGUGUGUACUUCCUCUCGGCACAGGAAAUGACCUCGCAAGGUGCCUGCUCUGGGGUGGAGGCUACGAUGGAGAAAGUCUUCUGCAGAUUCUCAAGGACAUUGAGAACAGCACUGAAGUGAUGUUGGACAGGUGGAAGAUUGACAUCACUCCCCUAGACAAAGACGAAGGAGGAGAUCCAGCCCCGUACAGCAUCGUGAACAAUUACUUCUCUAUUGGCAUGGAUGCAUCCAUCGCUCAACGAUUCCACAUUAUGAGAGAGAAACAUCCAGAAAAGUUUAACAGCAGGAUGAAGAAUAAGCUUUGGUACUUCGAGUUUGGCACCUCGGAAACCUUCUCAGCAACUUGCAAGAAGCUGCAUGAUUAUCUUGAGGUGGAGUGUGAUGGUAUCACCCUGAACCUCAGCAACAUCUCAUUGGAGAGCAUCGCCGUCCUGAAUAUUCCCAGCAUGCACGGCGGUUCCAACCUAUGGGGAGAGACCAAGAAACGGAGGGGUCACCGUAGAACAGGGAAGAAGUCUCCAGAAAAGAAGAACAAACAACUAAUUUUUGCUGUCCAAGAAAGAUCAAUUGAUUGGGGAGAAGGCGACCGUGAGCCCAGGUUCGGACCAGAGAAGGCACUUAGCCCGGGCGCCUUGCUGGUGGUUUUGAAAGCCUUUGUAGAUACGGCUUCAUCUGAAGGAGCUCUGAAGAUUGACAGAACCAUUAAACCCCUCCCUAUGCAAAUAGAUGGAGAGCCAUGGAUGCAAAGCCCAUGCACUAUUAAAAUUGUGCAUGAGAAUCAGGCCCGUAUGCUGAUGGGCCCUUCACAAAGCUCUGGCUGCUUCUCCGUCUUUCGACGCGACCGCAGAGAGAGCAAAGACUGACAGUCGA